CGAGGGGGGUCCGGGCAGCGCCGGCAGCAGGCGCAGUCCCAGCCCCGGCGGCGGCAGGGCGAGGCAGGCGAGCGGCCGCCUGGCGUGGCGUGUGCUGGGGCAUUGCAGAGCCAGGCGCCGGCGCUGGGCUGGAUCCAAAGGAUACAGUUGGGGACAGGCAAAAAAGCCAGCAGACCAGAUCCCACCGGGCCAAGGUUCUUGUGCUUUGAAUCCCCGGGUUUAAAAAGAGCCACCAAAACCCACAAAACCAAAAUGCCCGCUGAUACCAUGGAGAAACCGACAGCCUCUCCCAUUGCAGGGGCCCCGGCUAGUUCCAGCCAGACGCCGGACAAGCCCAAGAGUGCCAGCGAGCACCGCAAGUCCUCCAAGCCUAUCAUGGAGAAGCGGCGCCGCGCCAGGAUCAAUGAGAGCCUGGGGCAGCUCAAGACCCUCAUUCUGGAUGCCUUGAAAAAAGAUAGCUCCAGGCACUCCAAGCUGGAGAAGGCAGACAUCCUGGAGAUGACGGUGAAGCACCUGCGGAACCUGCAGCGGGCUCAGAUGACAGCUGCCCUGAGUGCUGACCCCACCGUCCUUGGCAAGUACCGAGCUGGAUUUAAUGAGUGCAUGAACGAGGUGACCCGGUUCCUCUCCACCUGUGAAGGGGUGAACACGGAUGUGCGCACUCGCCUGCUCAGCCAUCUCUCGGCUUGCCUGGGCCAGAUCGUGGCUAUGAAUUAUCCACCCCCACCUCCGCCGCCAGCUGGCCAGCCCGCACAUCUGGCGCAACCUCUGCAUGUUCAGCUGCCCCCAGCUGCUGCUGCCGCUGGACCGGUGCCCGUGCCCUGCAAACUGAACCCCGCCGAAGCCCUGUCCCCCAAGGUCUACGGGGGCUUCCAGCUGGUCCCAGCCACGGAUGGCCAGUUCGCAUUCCUCAUCCCUAACCCUGCUUUCCCUCCCGGCGCUGGACCCGUCAUCCCCCUCUACGCCAAUGCCAAUGCCCCUGUGUCUGGAGGCAGCGGCCCAGGGAACACAGCAGCCACCCCGUCGGCAUCCCCAGUACAGGGGUUAACAUCCUUUGGGGGAAGCUUAGCUCCAGUAUCCCAAACUGGGAGCCCCAUUGGGGAGCGCAGUGAAUCCGUCUGGAGACCAUGGUGACUUGUGUAAAGCAAUGCCCCCCAAAAACUGUCUUGGUUGGUUCCGUUGUAUGGAACCUUGCUUGGUUUUUUAAAGCAAAUUUGAGAGAAAAAGAAAAGGAGGGAGGAAAAAAAAAAAAAAAAGGACUUGAGUACAAAGUCUCUAUUUAUUGUUUCCAGAGGUUGGGAUCUCUACUUUUAUUUUUACUCCUUGAAAAAUGCUUUUAUUUGGAAAAGACUUGGUUUGGUUUGGUUUGUUUGGUUUUUU